CUUUCCCCUUUUUGGUGCUUCAGCUCUCCUCCAGCCGAGCGCAAAGAAAUAACGUUACUACUGGAUUCAAAAAGGUUACAGAGGCAUUGACCAGAUCUUCGGCAAUAAUGUCGCGCGAGGGUGGAUCUGCCGGGUUGCCUGGUCCGCCUGUUGGGGGGGUUUGUUGGUGCCUGGCAAUGGGCCUAUAGAACCGGCGUCCCUUGGAAUAAGUUUAGCUGGCUUGAUGGCUGGCAGGAAAAAAGUAAAUAAUAAGACGCCUGAAGCGCACCUCGGCCGUGUGGGAACUGCGAGAAGGAAAGAAAGCUGUGGUUUUGCCGUCGCUGGUUCGCUGGUUCGUUCGUUUCGUUUCCCAUCCCAACAACCUCACUCACUUCUCCCGGUGUAGAGGGCAAAAAAAAAAAAAAAAAAAAAAAAAAAGCUCCAGUUCCAGGUUCCAAACCCUCUCCACUCUACCUCCCACCACUAUACUACAAUAAUAUACCUCAAUCAACCUACGCCACACAUCUUCAACAAAACAGCAACUACCAUUUUCUCGUUCCUUUCCUUUGUCGAAACUGAGCGACUGCUGGACCUCGAGCACGCCGGCCGUCUUCCGUUGACGUUGACUCCAUCCCCCCCAAUCUCCACUCCAUUUCCCGUCUUCCCCCAUCUCCCCGACACUUCGUUCCACACAAUGGCUCCCAUCAAGGAUGAAACGGUCGAUGGCCUUAAGACCAUCAUCGGCGAGCUGGAGUCGCGCGUGGCUCAAUUGGAAGAGCGGUUGCUGCACGGAGGUGGCUCUUCGCAGCCUAAGUCCGUCGCGGAAUCUGUGCGGAUGAUCUUGAUGGGCCCUCCAGGCGCGGGCAAGGGAACGCAAGCACCUAAAAUCAAGGAAAAAUUCUGCGCCUGUCACCUGGCCACCGGAGACAUGCUGCGGUCACAAGUCGCUCGCAAGACUGAGCUGGGCAAGGAGGCGAAAAAGAUCAUGGACCAAGGUGGAUUGGUUAGCGAUGAGAUUAUGGUUAACAUGAUCAAGCACGAAUUGGAGAAUAACAAGGAGUGCCAGAACGGUUUUAUCCUGGACGGAUUCCCCCGCACAGUCGCCCAGGCCGAAAGAUUAGACAGCAUGCUCAAUUCUCGCGGCCAGAAACUCCAACACGCCAUCGAGCUCCAGAUCGACGACGCCCUCCUCGUCGCGCGGAUAACUGGCCGCUUAGUGCACCCCGCCUCAGGACGCUCGUAUCACAAGAUCUUCAACCCACCUAAGGAGGCCAUGAAGGACGAUAUCACGGGUGAGCCGCUGGUCCAGCGGUCAGAUGAUAACGCCGAUGCGCUGAGUAAGAGACUGAAGACGUACCAUUCGCAGACGGAGCCUGUUGUGGGAUACUACAAGACCACUGGCAUCUGGAAGGGGAUUGACGCCAGCCAGGAGCCUGGACAGGUGUGGAAGAGCCUGCUGCAGGUUUUCGAUGCGGAUAAGGCUGCAGCUUCGAGUGGGAUACUUGGCAAGAUCAGCAUGUCGAAAUAAAGAUUACUAGGCUGAUUACUGUUUUACCCCUUUAUAUUACUCUCUUCGUGUAGUCCUCCCUACGUUUCUCUCUCUCUCUCUCUGUGUAUGUGUGUGUGCGUGUGUCGUCUCAUUUCGACCAAUUCCUCUUUCCUUUUUAUAUAUAUUCUUACUCGGUGCCUUUUUCUCUCCAUCACCAUGUCAUCUGGAUCCCUCCAGUGGAUCCCCUCUUAAGUUUUGCUCCCUCCGGUGCGUUAUAAAUGGAUACCAGCCCACCUAUCAAGCAUAACCAAACCCCUAUUGGAGAAUCUUAUCAUAUAUGCGUCCAGAAUUGUAUGCGCGAAACUUCUACUAUUUUCUCUUUUUCCUCUCUUUUUUUAUCGGUUUUCUUUUUCUUUCUCUUUUCUUAAUUUUCGCCGGUGAUAACAAGGAGGUAAGAAUCCGCCCAUUCCAUCAGGGGACCUCGCAUCGGACCUCGCUCGUGCAUGAAUGGGAAAGGUGAAAUAAGGAACAUUUGCAGAACAGAAGAAAAAGGAAGACAAAAGCGUGCUGUUGUAAAAGAAUACCCCCUUCUGCUACUGUCAAUCAACCGGGCGACUAACUACUGACUGAUAACUAUAUAUUGAAUCGCUUUUUUGUCUCCAAUUCUUCUUGUUCUUCUUUUCUUUUUUUUCUUCUUCUUUUUUUGCUUUCUAUUCUCUCUUUCUACCUAUCUGAACAAAUGUUUCGGUUUGUUCUUAUUUCUUCUGUAUUUGCUUCUCCUUGAUGGAUAUAGAAGGAUGAUUGUGGUUUCUUUCCUUUCAAUAUACUCCGCCUCCUCAUUCUUCUUCUUAUUUCUAUAACCUGCACAUUGCCGGGCAAAUACUUGGUAUCAGAAAGAAAAAGGAGCAAACUAUCCAGAAGGAUAUUCAGGAUUUCUAUUGUUCAUUUCCAUUUCAUCCGUAU